AUGGCGAAGUCAGGCAAAAUUGACUAUGCUAACGAAACGUUUGAGGAUGUUUUGACAGAAAGAAAUGACAUGGCGAAGACGGAGAGAGUUUACAGAAUGAGGAUCAGACAGCUGGAAGAAGAAUUGAAACAAAUGGUUCACCAGUGCCAGGGGUUGUCUACAGAGAAUAAAGAACUGCGAAAAACUUUGGACGGGAUGAAAGCAGUUAAGGAAAAACCUGAAAAUAUUGACUUAUUAGCAAAAGUAACGAAACUAGAGUCAGAUAAAGCCAAACUGGUUGCAGAAUAUAACAAAAAGUUACAACAGAUGGAGUUGGUUAUGCUCGACAGUGCAAAGAUUAGAACCGUGAACACGGAGUUGGAAAACAAGGUGAAAGAGCUCGAACAACAUAUAGAGUCUUUAAACAGCAAGCUGCAAUCCCACGAGAAUGAAAAAACCCGCGGCUUGGAGACUAAAAUCCGAGAUCUUCAAGCUACAAUGAAAGAUUUGGAGUGUGAGAAAAAAGUUGUAGAAGCCAAAGUUAAAUCACUGGAAUAUGACAAUAUAAGUUUAACAGAUUCCGUAGAAAACAAACGAAGAGAAAUAGAAGAUCUAACUAAUUCACUACAAACAAAAGUUUUGUCGGAAGCAAAUCUGAACGUUUUACAAGACGAGAAUAAAAAACUCAAACAAGAUGUAACCGAGAUGAACAAAAAAUUGAGAGACCUGGCAAUCAGCAAACAGAAAUUGCAGGAGCUGCUUCAAGAACAAGAUAGUACGUUGACAAAAGCAAAAUCUGAUAAUGAAGAGAAGGACAAAAUUAUAGCCCAGCUGAGAAAGGAUUCGGAAGUGAAGACACAAGAGAUCAAGAAGUUGAAUGAGUCGCAACAAGCGUCAAGAGACAAGGAGAAAGAAUCACUGGUAUCCAGGAUUGCUUCACUCAAAGCGGAAAUCGAUAGCAGCUUGUCGGAGAACUACAAGUUGAAACAGGAACGGGAAGACAUGGCCAGAAUCAACGACAUGCUUCGCCAAGAGAACCAUGACUUAAUUGAGGCUGGUAAAGAAAGCAAAAAAUAUCUUCGCAAAUGGGAGCAGGAGAAAGAUCAUCGCGUCAAAGUUGAACAAGAUUUAGAUAAAAAGAAAGAAGAAGUCUCCAUGCUAGAGACUCGCUUGAAGGAGGCAGAGAGGACUGUGAGUACGUUGAAGAACCGAGUUAAAUCUGAGGACGAAACAGAUGAUCUCAAUACCUCAGUUAGAAACAAUCCUGUGACAGACAAACAAGUUUUGAUUGACCAAAAUAUGAAAUUGCGGCAGAUGCUUGUGGAGAGAAACAUCGAGCUGACAAAUACGAAACACGAACAAACGCUUACAAACUCACGUAUCCAACAUCUUGAGCGGAAACAGAACAACGCCGAAGUUAAAGUGAAACAUUUGUCUGAAUAUCUCGGAAGUGUGAUUUACAACAGUGGCCAAGAGAGCAAUUCUGAAGAAACAAAAAUGUUCUUAAUGUCCCCAGGACAGAAAAGUCAAAAAUUCCCGCCCCAAAAGAACAAUUCGAAACUGAGUCCACGAAAAAUCAUCGAACCCUCCGUGAAAGAAUCCAGCAAGACCGGCAGUAGUGAGCGAGUACACACGACUUCAAGUUUGCCGCUGUUGGACACAUCGUCUGCCCCAGGUUCCCGGUUAGGCAAUGGUUACUUCACUUUGUACAGAGAGAAACAAAAACGUGUCAAAGGCAAGGGGUAUAUGUAA